GGUGAAGUAACCAAACCAUUGUCGUUCUCGCGCGCCAAAUGCUAUGCUAGCUUUACCUCGGUGGAGCAACACCCUUGUCUCCCUAUUCAAGAAACACCAAACAUUGGAACAAUGCAAGCAGAUUCAAUCCAUCAUCGUCACUUCCGGUCUCUAUUCAACACAAGACAACAACACUCUUUUCCUCACCAAACUCCUCCAAUGUGUCCCAUUUUCUCAAAAUCAAAAUACAUGUCUCUUGCUUCUCUUCGACACCAUCAACACUCCCAACACUCGCCUCUUAAACAAAAUGAUCGCAGCCUGCUCCCACCCCCACAUUUCCCUUCUAUGCUACGCCAAACUGCGACAAAAGGGCGUGCAACCAGACAAACACACCUUCCCUUUGCUUCUCAAGACAUUCUCCAAGUCCAUUGCCCAAAACCCUUUUAUGAUUUAUGCUCAAAUUUUCAAACUUGGGUUUGAUCUUGAUCUUUUCAUUGGCAAUGCCCUGAUUCCGGCUUUUGCGAAUUCUGGGUUUGUGGAAAGUGCACGCCAAGUGUUUGAUGAAAGUCCCUUCCAGGACACUGUUGCUUGGACCGCAUUAAUCAAUGGGUAUGUUAAAAACGAUUGUCCUGGCGAGGCACUCAAGUGUUUUGUGAAGAUGAGAUUGAGGGACAGGAGUGUUGAUGCGGUCACUGUUGCUAGCAUUUUACGUGCUGCUGCUUUGGUGGGAGAUGCUGAUUUCGGAAGGUGGGUUCAUGGGUUUUAUGUGGAAGCGGGGAGAGUGCAAUUGGAUGGUUAUGUUUUUAGUGCUCUUAUGGAUAUGUAUUUCAAGUGUGGUCAUUGUGAAGAUGCCUGCAAGGUGUUUAAUGAGUUGCCUCACAGAGAUGUAGUGUGUUGGACCGUGCUUGUAGCUGGUUAUGUGCAAAGUAACAAGUUCCAAGAUGCACUUCGUGCCUUCUGGGACAUGCUAUCGGACAAUGUUGCACCCAAUGAUUUUACACUCUCAAGUGUUCUUAGUGCCUGUGCUCAAAUGGGGGCUUUGGAUCAAGGAAGGUUGGUUCAUCAAUACAUUGAGUGUAAUAAGAUAAAUAUGAAUGUAACGUUAGGGACUGCAUUGGUGGAUAUGUAUGCAAAAUGUGGGAGUAUUGAUGAAGCUUUAAGGGUGUUUGAAAACAUGCCAGUUAAGAACGUGUACACUUGGACAGUGAUAAUUAAUGGUUUGGCUGUGCAUGGGGAUGCGUUAGGAGCAUUGAAUAUCUUCUGUUGCAUGUUAAAAAGUGGUAUUCAACCCAAUGAAGUUACCUUUGUCGGUGUUCUUGCUGCAUGUUCUCAUGGAGGUUUUGUAGAGGAAGGGAAAAGGUUAUUUGAAUUGAUGAAACAUGCUUAUCAUUUGAAGCCAGAGAUGGACCAUUAUGGUUGCAUGGUUGAUAUGCUUGGUCGAGCAGGGUAUUUGGAAGAUGCCAAGCAAAUUAUUGAUAAUAUGCCAAUGAAGCCUAGCCCUGGUGUAUUGGGGGCUUUAUUUGGUGCCUGCUUGGUCCACAAAGCUUUUGAAAUGGGUGAACAUAUAGGGAAUUUAUUGGUAAAUCAGCAGCCAAACCAUAGUGGUAGUUAUGCACUUCUGGCUAACUUGUAUAAAAUGUGUCAAAACUGGGAAGCAGCUGCUCAGGUCAGGAAGCUCAUGAAAGGAUUACGAGUGGUAAAGGCUCCAGGAUAUAGUCGGAUAGAGGUGGAUGGUUUUAAUUCAUGAGUUUAAGAGUGUGUUUGGGUGGGGAGUUAUAGGGGGAAAGGGAAGGUAUCUAGACAUGUUUUCUCAACAUUUGGGAGAUACUUAAAAAGAGGGGAAUGGUUUGGGGACUUUUAAUCAGCCCUCCUCUUAAUCAUUUUGACUUUCCCCAAAUUAGGAGGGAGGUUUAGGGGAAAAUAAACCAAAUUACCCAUUAACCCUUGUUCAAGCUGCAAAAGUACAACUUUGUGAUUUAGUGCAAAGACUCAGCCAUGGUAGAAACCCAUUUUUCUCUCAUCACUCUCUCUUGAUCUCUUGGAGGGUUUAUGAAUUUGCAAAUCUGUCAUCACCAUAGAUGCUUGUAAAGAUUUUGCAAAAUUCUUGUUCAGGUCCUUUGUUUGUGCUUCAGCUUUGAAUUGAAGAGAGAAAUUGAGACAGAGGGUGAGAGACACAAAUGCAAAGGAAUGAGGAGCUCGUGAAGCCUUGAAGCUGAUUCCGAUGAAGGCCUGAAACACUAAAUGCGAGAACUAUUCAGUAUUCAAUACAUUGACAAUGAUGUUAAAGAUGCAACUCAAGCAAAUGGAGAAUUGUUACCAUUUUUUGUAACAAUCAAGCACUUAUCUCUGGGCUCUGGCUGUGGAAACAUUGCAAAGUAGAAGUUAUUGUGUAACUUAUAGAGUUAAUAUAAAAUUUGGUACUUUCAAGUGCCAUAUUGUAUUGUUUUUGUUUGUCCUUCAUUUUCCUUCCAUAUCAAGCUCUUAUCUGCGUUGGUCUCACUUUUAGUUGAACUAAAAACUAAAGAUCAUUUAUCGCCUCAUAUCACCGUAUACUAAUAAUAUACUGUAGAAGUGAGUGGCAUGUUACUUUUUGUUGUCUUAUGCUUUAAUGUCAGUAUGGCCAUUUUAGCAA